AACCAAUCGAAACUUACAUAGGGUUCAGAGUUGACGGGUAGAUUUUAGUAGGCGGAAGAGCAACACGUGAGAAAGUUGAUUACCCUUAAUUUGACCAGCCAAUUCGAUUUGUUUCAAUGAUGUCGGACAUGAAAUAUAUCCUUGUUACCGGAGGCGUCAUCAGCGGUGUGGGUAAAGGUGUAAUUUCGAGUUCUUUUGGUACCAUCCUGAAAUGUUGCGGUAUCGAAGUGACCUCCAUCAAGAUCGACCCCUACAUCAAUCUCGAUGCAGGCACAUUCUCCCCAUACGAGCACGGUGAGGUUUAUGUGUUGGAUGAUGGUGGUGAAGUAGAUUUGGAUUUGGGGAACUAUGAGAGGUUCCUUGAUAUUACUCUGCACAGAGACAACAACAUCACCACUGGUAAAAUUUAUAAAAUGGUCAUUGACAGAGAAAGACAUGGAGACUAUUUGGGCAAAACUGUUCAAGUUGUACCACAUAUUACGGAUGCAAUCCAAGAAUGGGUUGAGAGAGUCGCCAAAGUGCCAGUCAGUGAAACUGGUAAAACUCCAGAAGUUUGCAUAAUUGAACUUGGUGGUACCAUUGGAGAUAUUGAAAGUAUGGCUUUUGUUGAGGCUUUCAGGCAGUUUCAGUUCAGGGUGAAAAGGGAGAAUUUCUGUACAGCUCAUGUGUCUUUAGUACCACAACCACGAUCAACUGGAGAGCAGAAGACAAAACCUACACAGGCUUCGGUGCGAGAGCUGCGUGGUUUAGGAUUGUCGCCCGAUAUUAUAGUAUGCCGUUCGGAGAAAGCUAUUGAUCAGAGCGUUCGUAACAAAAUCUCAAAUUUCUGUCACGUUGCACCUGAACAGGUGAUAUGCAUUCCUGACCUUUCCUCGAUCUACAAAGUACCUAUAUUGAUGGAAUCCCACGGCAUCGUCGAGUACUUGAAUGAACGCCUUCAGCUAGGCAUCAGUCCCAUGCCAACGGCGAGGAAAUUCAUGAAGCAGUGGGUCGAUUUAUCACAGAAAAUAGAGAAUCUUCGUAACGAAGUGGUGAUAGCUAUUGUCGGUAAAUACACUCGUUUGGAAGAUUCGUACACCUCCGUUACAAAAGCCGUGCAGCAUGCAGCCAAUGCUGCCGGAUUUUCCGUGAAAAUCAAAUUCAUCGAAGCCUCCAACUUGGAGGAGGAGAUGAAACAGGAAUGUCCUGCUUCCUACCACGAGGCUUGGCAUGAUUUGGUGAAGAGCGAGGGUGUGAUCGUUCCUGGCGGUUUCGGCAAACGCGGUGUUGAGGGUAAAAUAGCUGCGGCAAAUUGGUGUCGAGUGAACAGCAAACCGUAUUUGGGAAUCUGCCUGGGUUUCCAAACGGCCGUGAUUGAAUUCGCUCGCAAUGUGCUCAAGCUGGAAGGCGCUAACACCGCGGAAUGUGAAGAGGAUUUGGAACAUCCAAUCAUAAUUGAUAUGCCGGAACAUAACACCGGUCAAAUGGGUGGUACUAUGAGGCUUGGAAAGAGAUCGACGAUAUUCAAGCCAAGCGCCAGCAGUAGUAAAAUAAUGAGGCUUUACAACAACCGGGACAUGAUUGAGGAACGGCAUAGACAUAGGUACGAAGUGAAUCCCAAGUACAUCAAAGAUUUAGACGCGGGAGGUUUGGAAUUCGUUGGCGUCGACGUCGAGGGUACACGCAUGGAGAUCUUCGAAUUAAAGAAGCAUCCGUACUUCGUGGCCACCCAGUUCCAUCCUGAGUACCUUUCCAGACCGAUGACGCCAUCUCCGCCCUUCAUGGGCCUGAUUUUGGCCGCCAAAGAUAGGCUGCAACCCUAUUUGAUACGCGGCUGCAAGUUUUCCCCGCGCCAAGACUAUGAUUAUGAUGACAGCGUAAACAUUAACGAGACUGACCUGCUUUCAAACAUUGUACCUGAUAGUGUAUCUCAAAAGGAUGAAGCAAUUGUGCAGCAAUUGUCACUAACACAGGUGCAAGAAUCAGACGGUAGUAGUGCUUACAGCAGUUCAUCCAGUAUGCUCUAAUCCAUUAUUUUGGACCAAGAUUAAGUUGUAUUUUCUUAACACUUUGUUAUUUUAACUAAAUGCCCGACGUGCUCCUGACCCAAGAAAAUAGCUCGCUACAGUUUUAUGAAAAACAGGCCGUAUAUAACAAAUCUGUCUUUAAUAGCCAAGCAAUUCUCAAAUUUUUCGUUUUUUUUUAUACGUAUAGCGAAAAAUAAGUGGGUAGUAUAUUUAGACUUAGGUAAUAUAUCUAUAAUAUUUUAUUUUUUUUAUUUUGUCGACC